CUUUAAAUCAGUCACUUUCACCCCACCAUAAUUGCCGCUUAUUCGAGAGUAUAUGCAAAGUGAACUAUGGACUAACUGGCUGCAUUUGAACGAUUUCAUUCUCUUCGCGCAGACGCGCAAACACGUAGGGCGUUAGACUCCUCAUUCAGUUGCGUUUUAGUUCACCAUAAUGAUUUUAAAGGGACUAAAAUGGACCCCUCUCUCUCUUUUGCUCUUGAUAAACUAUGGAUCACUUGUUAUAUCGAAAAUCAUCGUUGGAAACCACUACCCCUUCAUGGGGUACUGGUCUCACUUCCCCUCUUUGCACUGUCCCCACCGAUCAUUCCGUCAAAUCUGAGCGCUCAGACAUAUUGGGCAGUUUCGAGAGUUCUGACAGUUGUUCGGAUUUCUUAUCUGACAUAUCAACAUGCCAAAGCCCGGAUUCAGGAAGAGAGUGCAGUUCACUCCUUUCUGAUUUUGUGCCAGAGGACGUUCUUGACUUUGUCGCUGACUACUCGAUGCGUCGUUCAGAGACUGAUUUUGAGUUGCUGUAUGACGGCUGCACUGAUUCGAGUCCGAUUCCUUACAUACCGCAAGUUUCUGACCACCAUCUGUCUGGAGUAUCCGAAAAUCCCUGCGGAACUGAUCGUCUGAAAUCAAGUUCGAGCCCAAGUAAUUUUAUCUUGUCAAAUGCUAGGCGAAGUGUUCAUUCCAAACGACGUCGUGAAAUUAAUCGUGAAGCCUCAAAACGUUAUAGACAGAGGCUAAAGCAAAAGUCAUUGCAGACGCAGCAAGACCUAAGUAUUGUUAUUUCUGCGUACGAGCAAUCCAAGUCAGCUUACGAGAAGGCUGAGCAUGCUUUUGAUGUGUUGAAAAAUAUUGUUCUUGAUCUGGUUAAUAUUGUUCCUCGAAAUUGAACCACUAGUCAUUAACUGUCCUUGUUUUCUCAGAAGUCAUGUACUGUCCAAUAUAUUUCUGAGCAAUGG